CUGACAGAUUCUCUAGAACUUAGUUGAGUACGGUACCGUAGGUUCAUCAACAUUUUAAAACAGUUUACUUGUGACUAUGGCUUCCCCGAGCGGUGAAAAAUUUAAACUGCCUGGUAGAUUUAGAAAUAUAUACUUGUCUGUCUAGUCUCUUUUUAUUUUUAGUUUUUUGUUGAUUCAUUUUCAUUCAGAGUAUUUAUUUCGUAAAUAUCUUCACAAUUUCCAAUGUAUUAUUGAUGAAAAUGUGUAUUAUUAUUCAUUUUCCAGAAACCAUAAAUACCGCCUCAAAUGGACCAAUGACAUCAGCAGACUGGGUUUUGGAUCCAGAAGAGCUCGCAUCGAAAUUUAACUCAAAAACCAAAGCCAUCAUUGUCAAUACAUCUCUCAAUCCCAUUGGAAAAGUAUUCACUGUGGAAGAGUUAACAGUCAUUGCUAAUCUGUGUAAAAAGUGGAACACGCUUUGCAUUUCGGAUGAGGUUUAUUAGUGGCUCACUUACCAGUCAAGUGAACAUGUGAGAAUAGCGACUAUGGCUUCCCCGAGCGGAGAAAAGUUCAAACUACCUGGAAGAUUUGGAAAUAUAGGAAACAGUGUAUGAAAAGCCUGCAGAUAGGCAGAGAGUACUCGAACAUCAAGUACUCGAACGAGACAGAUGCCGGACUCCCCGCCUCACUGCUACGCGGCUCCACACUUUCGCUGUCUCUGUCUCGCUCCACGGCCAGUCUGCCGGCCGCCAUAACGCCCUCUCACUCGCCCGCUCCCUCCCCCUCCUCCACCGUCAACGGCACCAGCGCUCCCACGCACACACACUGGCCUGCGCACACCACACAUCUGCCCAGGCCACCAGAAGACAUUCCAAAGCAGAUCUACACCAAUGUACCAUUGAAAGAGCGCAAGGUGUCUCCAACUACAAUGUGGGCCCGACGAUACCCAGCUUUGCACCCCCACCUCCGCCGCUGCCUAGGAAAACGUGACCCCACCCCUCCCUACAAAAUGGCGGAAACUGUCAUGAUGACGCUGCUUCUUCUUCCUCCUUUCCAUCUUCGUCUAGCUGUCGUCAGCAACAAGCACUGCUAUCACUGCAACACUGUCAGACCAAUUUACCUAACGAUAGAAGUCGGAUUUGAAAUGUUGACAAGAUGGCCGCCCUAAAAACUGAACUUGGAAUGCUGACGAGAUGGCCAACUUGAUUUGUUUUGUUUUUCUAGAUUAUGGGUAUUUAUAUUGAAUAAUUAAAAAUUGUUCCAAUCGAUGAUUGCUGAGUGAAUUUUGUUUGAAAAAAUAAUUUAUUGAAAGAUUUGCUGUCGUUUCAUCAUUAUUUUGAAAUUUUUCUAACACUAUCAUGAAGCUCGCUCAACCGGCAAAUUCAAAUUCAAGUAAUCAACCGGCAAAUUCAAAAGCUGUUUUCUAUCUAUAAACUGAAAUGAUGUACUAUUAAGGUAACUAUAAUAAUAAUAUUGAAAAUCUA